UCUGAACAAAAACAAAAAGAAAAUUUUGUUAGUGAGGAAAUUGGUCACAUGACUGGCUUUUUUUAUUUUGUUACUCAUCAGAAUCAAAAAAGUUUAUAGAGAAAUAUCUCUUAAUGGUUACUAGAAGAUUUAUAUCUUUUAAAGAGGGGACAAGUCAUGACACAAGAAGAAUAUGCUACUUUUGAAAGCAUAGAGGUGAGCAAAGAAGAAAUUCUUAGUUGUUCAUAUUCCAGCUGGUAUCCUAUACUAAAGAACUAUACUGCUAAAUCUAGAGUUAUAAAGCCUUUACCACAAACAUUUUUGGAUUAUCUUGGAAGUGAUAGUAUAAAGUUACCACCAGCCAAUAACUAUGAUCCAGAACUAGUAAUCAAUAGUGACAAUGAGUAUAGUGAUUGGGAAGAUGGAGAGGAAGCGGAUGAAAGCCACGAUAAUGAUGAUCAGAACGAUCAAGAAGACGAGGAAGACACUGAUGCAAAUGUCAAAUCUAUAACUGUUGAAGAUUUUAAAGACUUACAUGAUCAAAUCAUCCAAGGCAUAAAUGAUCUAGGAGGAGCAGUUACUCCUAAAUUGAAUUGGUCAGCUCCAAAAGAUGCAAAAUGGAUUAUGCCUGAUAAUACUAUAAGAUGCGAUCACGUGAAUGAUAUAUAUCUUUUAUUAAAUACAUCUGAUCAUAUAGUUGAUGAUUUAGAUUAUCCAUUUACCGGUGUUGAUUUAGAGAAAGGUAUUGAUGAUGAUGAUGAAGUUAAAGAGAAAGUCGAAUAUGAACUUGUACUUCGUAAAUGGUUAGAUGUCAAUCCUGCCUUAGAAUUCAGAGUAUUUAUUAAAGAUAAUAAGAUUAUAGGUAUUUCCCAACGUGAUUUAAAUCAUUAUACAUACUUGGAAAGUUUAAAAUCAGAAAUUAAUGAUAAAAUACAAUCGUUUGUUUAUGAAACUUUGAUACCUGAAUUAAAGGAUAAAUUAAACUUGAAUAAAUAUAUUGUUGAUGUUUAUUUACCAAGACCAUUCAAUAAAGCAUAUAUCAUUGAUAUUAAUCCAUUUUCAAGAAAAUCAAGUCCGUUAUUAUUUACAUGGCAUGAAUUAUUAUUGAUAGAUACAUUUGGUGAUGAUGAAGAUAAUUAUGAAUUAAGAUUAGUUAAUGAAACCAAUGUAGGAAGAUUUUCAAAAAAGGAAUAUAGUGAAAGUCAAGUACCAUAUGAUGUGGUUGAUGCAUCAUUAAAUUCACAAGCUAUGGUAGAAUUAGCUAGAGAAUGGGAUAAAUUACAAAUGCAACAGGAUCAAUAAUUGGGUAGUAUUAGUCGAUGGAAAAACACUAAACUAGGGUAUGAUAGUUAGAUAGUUAAUGUAACGACCUUUAUAGAAAAUAAACUAUUUUGUAACACAGUAUUGAAUUGAACAAGCUGGAUCAAACUCCAUCGAAUCUGAUGAGGUUUCAACUCCAUAUAUCUUCUGUAUUUAACUUAUAGUUCAUCCCCCCUCCUUUUGCUUCCCCCACUUUCGAAUAUUUUUUUGGUUUUCGAGAUUUGGGGACUCUUGCCCAAUUGGGAAAUGGUUCCCAAAAAUUUCUUAAUUACAUUACCACAAACUGAUCAUAGUAUAUCCAAUUUAUGUCAUGAUAUGACCAGAAUAGAAAG